AAUAUAAUAUUUUAUUUAUAAAUUUAAAAAAAAAUUAAUAAAAAAAAAAAAGUUCUUAUCCUUCUGUAACGUAAAAAUAAUGAAAAAAAAAAACCGUCGAGAAAAAGGGUAUAAUCUACACCGAGUUGAUAAUGAAUUUAUUAUCGUAGUUAUGUUAUAAAUGGAAACAGAAAUUAUUAAAAAUGGAAAAACCUUGCACGAAGCCGAUGUGAAGAUGGAAGUGAACAAAAUGGACUAAAAUGCAAACGUGGAGGGUCGAGAUGGAGGGAGGCAGCGCCCACUGUUUGAAAUAUAUUAGCAGUAACGAGGGAUGAAGAUGACCACGUCACACCUUGGCUGCAUCACCGCUUAACUCCCUCUCUCUCCUCAACACAUCCCAGAUUACGUGUCCACCACCUACGCCCUUCUGUUCAUGCAAACCUGCAUCAGACAAACACCACCCACGUGACCCCCCCUUGCCUCUUUCUCACUACUCACCUCCACCACCUUCUCCUUCAAAUCCUUCAACUCCCAAGUCCCACACUACCACCAACUACACCAGUUUGAUCCGAAAUGGCUCAUCAAGACCAGCCUCAGAAAACCCAGCUUUCUUAUCAGCUCAUCAAGACCUCAACCGCAGCCACCAUCGGCGGCUCCUGCAUGGUUCUCUCCGGCCUCACCCUCGCCGGGACCGUGAUCGCCCUGGUGGUGGCCACGCCGCUGCUGGUGAUAUUCAGCCCUGUGCUGGUGCCGGCGGCCAUAACGGUGUUCUUAGCGGCAAGUGGGCUGGUGGCGUCGGGAGGAUUUGGAGUGAGCGCAGUGUCGGUGUUUUUAUGGCUAUACAAAUACGUAAGGGGACAGCACCCAGUUGGUGCAGACAGGCUGGAUCGCGCACGAGACAAGCUGACGGGCAAGGCCAUGGAGGUGAAGGAGCGGGCGGCAGAGCAGAUUGGCACUAGAGGAACGCAGGGUUGAUGUUGCAGGUUCCUGGAAGCCACUGUCAUGGAAGAAGGAAGGGAUUUGGGUGUUGUGUUUGUAAUAAUUUGUUCUAGGUCUGUUUCUUCCUGAAGUACUAGUUUAUGUUUUAUGUAGUGUCUGUGUUUGUCUUCUGUGUUCAUGUUCCUCUGUGAUGUAUGCUUAUGAAUUAUUUUCAAUAAAACAAAAAUCCAGGGUGCAAAUUUCUUCUGAAGUAUCAGGAGAAAGUCUGGUGGGUUUAACUUCGUA